GGAAACUCUUGUUUAUUUGGUAUCAGUGAGGUUAGGUCUUUAUCAGGCGAGUAGCCAGAAGGAUCUUGUCCCCCCUUAAACGUUUUGAACCAUAGCGAGAGCACGGCCUAAAACUCUUAAAAGAGUGACAAUACCCUCCUGGCUAAGCGCCUGGUUUAUACAAAAAACUUCAAACUCUAGAGCCUUAGUAGCUAUUUCUUUACUACGCCACUGAUUCUAUGCCAUUUAGGUUGACUUAAAUUGGACAGAAUCAAAGUCUAGAGUCAGUGAUUUUCAAACUCUUUUGAUCAACGGAAAUUUUUUUUUCUCAAAUUUUUUUCACAGCACACCUGGAAUUCUUACACAGCAGACUAAAGUGCCGUGGUGCACAGUUUGAGAACCACUGAUCUAGACAGUGAUUGUCAACCCAUGUGCAACGGCACUUUAAUGUGAAAAAUUCGAAAAAUCCCACAAACCAUGUGUCGUGUGCGGUUUUGGUCAUGACUUACUAUUGAGGGGUAUCGUGAUUGUCCACCACUGGACUACAACAGUAGAAGGUUAAGCCAUGACCAAAACCGCUCACAGCAUAUGGUUCGCUGGAUUUCCACUAGUGUGCCGCAGCAUAUGGGUUGACCAUCACUGAUCUAGAAUGAUAGUCAAUUUUAACAUUCAGUGAAACCGAACCUUAACUUUAGUCUUAUCAUUCUUAUCAAAGAUCCCUAACAAAGUUGAAUAAUAUAACCUCAAAACACAAUUUAAUCUUAUUUCUCAAUUCAAUUGCACACCAUUUCUUCCUGGUUUUCGAUUUCCUAGACAAAAAUUAUGUCAACACAAGUCACCAUCUAGAUCCACAAAUUAAAUCGUUCCGCCUUUUCCUUAAAUUUAUUGUUAUCAACAUGAAAAAAAAAAGGAAAGUAAUCAGAUUCGUUAUCAAACAAUUGUUAGAAUUCCCUUCGGAAAUGCUUCAACUAUCUCAAUAAUAUUUACGCUUUGCUAGGGUCCAUAUCUAUAGUCAUGGAAACUAAUAAAUCCUUUCAUGAUAAGAUUACUUUUUGAUUGUAUUUGGAUGGAAAAAAAAUCGUCAAUUAAGUUCAGUCUCGAGGUAGUUUUUGGAGCUUCAAGAUGGAAAAAUUGAAAAUUUUCGUCGUAUUUUCAGCAUUAGUUCAAUUGUCAUUGGAAACUCCAUUAAAUGCUGACUUACUGCAAAGUAAAAAAGAUGAUAGAAUUGAGAACAAAAAUUGGAAGCUUAAGAAUGGAUUGUAUUGGUAUGAACAGCACAAUCCCUUAGCAUUUAAUGAUCCACCUACAACAUAUCGUCUACCAAACAAUACCUUACCAGUAAGGUACGAUAUUUUUCUCAAGACUGAUGUCGAUAAGCAUGACUUUAACUUCUAUGGACAAGUGAGGAUACAAAUUCGAGCUAUGGAAACAACAGACACAGUCACACUGCAGUACCGGGACAUGAAUGUGACAAAAGUGACAUUUUUAGACAUGAAUGGACAAGUUGUUGAGCAUGAUGUGCCAUUUGAGUAUGUCGAACCAAGAUAUUAUGAAUUUUUGAGAAUAUCCCUUCCAAGGAUCAUGACUGUGGAUGAAAAGUUUGUACUGGAAAUUUCAUAUUCAGGAAUAUUAAAUGAAAGACAGUUUGGAUUUUAUCGCGCAAGUUAUACAGAAAGAGAUACUGAAAUUUACUAUGCAGUUACACAGUUUGAAGCAACAGAUGCUCGUCAUGCAUUUCCGUGCUAUGAUGAGCCAGGAAUAAGAACUCCAUUUGGUUUGGAAAUACAGCACGACAAAAGCUACAAUGCAUACUCAAAUAUGAAAAUAGCUAGCAACAUAACACUCGAAGGAACUGAUUAUGUAGUCACAAAAUUUGAAGACACACCAUUGAUGCAAACUUACCUGCUUGCAUUUCUUGUUGCUCCAUUUGAAGAAGUUUCCAACAACAAUACACAGCUUCCUCAAAAAAUCAUUGCCAAGCCGUCAUCAAUCAGAAAUGCUGAGUAUGCAUUUAGCCUUCCAAAAUUAGAUCCAAUCAUGAAGGCACUAGAAAAUCUCUUUGCUGUCAAUUUUACAUUGUCAAAGCUUGAUCAUGCUGCAAUUACUCAGUUUGCAGCUGGCGCUAUGGAAAAUUGGGGACUCGUCACUUAUCGUGAAAUUGCAUUGCUUUUUGUUCCUUCUGAAUAUCCAGAAACUGAUGAAUUUUUGCAGAGACGAAUUAUUACAAUUAUUGCACAUGAGGAUGCUCAUCAGUACUUUGGGAAUCUUGUGUCUCCACAUUGGUGGACAGAUCUUUGGCUUAAUGAGGGCUUAGCAACAUUAUAUGAGUAUUAUAUAGCACAUUUAGUGUUUCCAGAAUGGGAUUUCAUGCAAUGGUUUAGAGAACGAGAAGUUUAUGAAUGUUUUAAGAUUGAUAUAUCCACAGCAGCUACUUCUGUUCCAAUGUCUCGUUAUGUGGAAGCACCAAAAGACAUUGAUGAUAAAUUUGAUGACAUUUCGUAUGGCAAGGGUGGCGUUGUCAUGCGAAUGUUCCAAGAAGCAUUUACAGUCAGCACAUUCACAAAAGGAUUGUCGAAAUAUUUAACAGAAAUGUCAUACAAGGCAGCAGUUCCAGAUGAUUUAUUCUCAUCGUUGCAAGAUGCUUUUAAGGAAGACAAUCCAGAACUUGUUUUUGAUGUAGCUGAGCAUAUGGGCUCAUGGAUUUAUCAAGCUGGAUAUCCAUUAGUCAGAGUGUCUAGAUCUGGAAAUUUACUCCAAUUUAAGCAACAGAGAUACAUGAGUGGAGAUGAAAUAUACUCAAUUCCAUUGACAUAUGCUUCUAAGUCACAACCAGAUUUUAACAGAACCGACGCAAGAAUUUGGUUCACACAGAAAGAAAUUCAAGUUCCACAAACUUUAUUCGGAAGUGCUAUCGAUGAAUGGGUUAUAUUUAAUGUCCAACAAGUUGGAUAUUACCGAAUGAGUUACAGUUCUGAAUUGUGGUAUAGAAUUGCUAAAGGAUUAAGGCAUGAUCUUGAUAAAAUCCAUCGCAUCAAUCGUGAAGUAUUGGUCGAUGAAUUAAAUAUUGGAUAUUACAUAUUGGACGAGCUUCUAGCAUCGGAUGUCCUUGAAGUAUUGCUUUAUUUAGACAAUGAAGAACACAGUGAAGUUUGGAAUCGAGCAGAUCUGCUUCUAUUCACAAUAACUGAGAAACUAUUUGCCACAGCUGUAUAUGAAGAUUACUUAAAGUACCUCCAGUUCAUAACCCGACCACAACUUGAGCGUCUUGGAUAUGAAGAAUUGGCUGGCGAUGACCAUGACACAAGACUUUUAAGGAUGAUCCUUAAGACUCACAACUGCCAUUCUCUUGAUGACUUUUGCUUGUCACAUGAAUCAAAGAAGUUGGAACUUUACAUGCAGAAUAAUCAAAAUCCAACACCUAAUUUCUGCUUAGCAUUCAGAACUGCUACAUUAACAACCUAUAUCCACUACCUCAAUGAAAUCACUUCCAAUCCAGAUCUUUACAAUCGUUAUUCAAUAGUCAAUGGAAUUGCAUGCUCCUUAGACAAAUCUCAUCUUCAGCUCUUAACUGUCAUUAUUGAGGAUGAAAAGAACGAUUUAGAGAAUUUCGAAAGAGUCAUGAUGAUAGAGUAUAUGCUGACAUCAAGCAUUGUUGGAUUGGAAGUUGGAUUUGACUACUUAGAAAGAAAUCUUAAUAAAAUUUCCAACUUUGUAGUCGCGAUCAAGGAAGCCAUAAAUACACAAGAAUAUUCUGAAAAACUUGAUGCUCUUCUAGAUGCAGCACUUGAUGAAAGCUUUAUAUCUACAGAAGAUGCUGAAGAAAUCAGAGACGCAAUUAAAUUAAAUUUGGAAUGGCAAGAUAAGCAUUUUGAAGCUGUUCGUGAGUGGAUUGAAGAUUUAGAUGAUAAAAUAAAUGAAACGACUGAAAAGCCAACAACAACGAUACCUUCAACAACGCCUGACAGUGCAACAGGAAUGAUUGCAUCUAUUGUGCUUAUUUUGGUAUCUGGAACUUUAAUAAGAUUUUUUGUGUAGGAAAAUAUGAAGUUUGAAGGAGUUUUGAACGAUGGGUGAACCCAUCGUGUUGUUUUCCCCUUGAUUUAGAUCUCCUGAUCUUCAAACAAACAUUUCGAGUCUAUAUUAAGAAUUCUAGGUUAAAUAUUUAAAGAAUAAAUGCAAAUAAAAGGUUAGCAACAAAGAAGCAGCAGUAGCUGAGUGGUUAGAGUGUUGGCAAACCAACCCUAACGACCCGGGUUCGAUCCCAGAUAAUGUCUCUAGCAAAUAAAAGCUUUUAAAUUUUUUCA